AUGGCAUUUGAAAUGGAGUUUCACCUGGAAGGAGAUUAUUUGAUUGGUGGACUCUUUGACAUUCAUCCUGCCAGCAGCUCUCUUCGUCGUGACAGACCAGAAGCCAUCGACUGCUCCAGUCAACCCAUCCUCCUCUCAAAUUACCGGAGGUUUCAGAUAAUGAGAUUCUCUGUCGAGCAGAUCAAUAACUCCACCAACCUACUGCCCAACGUGUCACUCGGCUACGAGAUAUUUGACCACUGCUCAGAUACGCAGAGCUUCCAAGACAUUUUGAAGCUCAUCUCAGUCAGUGGGUUGAUUCAUCCUUGGGGGGAACCACACCGGCAACAAGCACAAAAGUCCCAAAACUCCACAGUGAUAGGAGUGGCAGGUCCGUUUACAAGCACCUUUUGCCUAACAGUGGCCCCACUGCUGAUGGCGGAUCUCAUACCAAUGGUCACUUAUGGAGCCUCUAGUUCUGUUUUUUCAUCCAAAAUAAAAUACCCCUCUUUCCUGCGGACGGUGCACGCCAAUCAAGACGUCAUAGAAGUGAUUGUUAACAUCGUGCAACACUUUGACUGGCGCUGGGUUGCUUUCCUGAACAGUGAUAAUGAUUUUGGAAUUGAUGGACUGAAUAUGUUCAUUAAGAGGAUUGAGGAUACCGAUAUCUGUCUGGCGUAUAGCAGAGGCCUCAACGACAACACAGAUCACCCUCAGAUGUUAAAGCAGAUUGAGGCGCUGAAUGUAACUGUCAUAAUAGUUUUCUCUCCACAACUGGAAGCUGAAGCUCUCAUUAAGGCAGCGAUACGACUGAAUGUCACAAACAAGGUGUGGAUAGCAGACGAAGGCUGGUCCUUAAACAAACCGCUUCAGAAGCUGGAAAGAAUCAAAAACAUUGGCAUUGUCCUCGGGGUGUCUCAGCCAGAGUUCCCAAUACCUGGUUUCAAUGACUUUAUCUAUUCUACCAAAAGCCAGCCUCUUGAUAGAGACGCAGGAGGACAGGAUCAGGUUGGCAACUGCAGUAGCAUGAAUGCUGAGGCUAUUCUGGCUGUGGACCCAUCGUUCUCUUUUUCCGUUUAUUCUGCCACAUAUGCCAUCGCUCACGCCUUGCACAGCACCUUACGAUGUGGAGCCGGCAGAUGUGACAAAAAUAUCACAGUGUACCCACAUAAGGUUCUGGCAGAGCUGAAGAAGUCAAACUUCACACUUUUAGACCAACACAUUCGGUUUGAUGCGAACGGUGACCCCAGGUUCGGAUCCUAUGACGUAAUUCUAUGGAAAUACGGGGGUGACGCGCAGGUGAUUGGCUUUUAUAAAUUUCACUCAUCAGCCAAUUUCUACAUCGACGACGCCAAAAUCAAGUGGUUCGCAAACGGGGAGGUUAGUGUUUUCUUAUAAUAUGUGCAGAAUUACGACAUAAUACAGUGUUUUCCAUGUGUGA